UCUGCAUUGGAGGGUAGUGCUUCGCAAUGGCUAUCCCAAGUGUGUUACGCCGAUAUAACCUGGCUCGAAUUCAAGGAAAUAUUUAUACAACGCUUUGACACAAAGGAAACACCAGCCGCAAUGUUUUUAAAUAUGCUGACAAAGCGACCGACUGAUGGCGAAUGUCUCGCAACUCAUGCAAGCCGUAUGGUCACAGAACUUACAACGAAGUGGCGUGAAAUGGAAACAGAAGAAAUCGCUGUAUCUGUGACUCUUGCAUUGCUGGCAAGCUUUGAUAACCGACUGCAGCGUUUAACUUUCACAUCGAAUGUUCAAUCCAGAGGAGAUUUACAGUCCGAAUUAAAAGCGUUCACUUUUAAUAAAAGGAAAAGCGGUUUUGUGGAGCAACAAACUGAGGCUCAUCCGAAACGACAAAAGCCAUUAUCGAUGGAGUGUCAUUUUUGCGGAAAAUUUGGACAUAAGAUGUUUGAAUGCAGACUCCGGAAACAACAACAGCAUGCAAGUAAUAAUGAACGACAUGACCGAUACGAUGAACAUCAACGUGGAAAACCAAAUGUAACGUGCUACAAGUGCGGAGAGCGCGGACACAUAUCUACCCAAUGUACGCAGAAGGAAUCUGAUAAGAAGACAUUCAUCCGGGAAAAGCGAGUGGAGCAGUGCAGCGUUGCAGUACCUAAGGGAUAUAUGAACCAUAAAGGCAAAAUUUUUGAAGUCACCUUUGAUUCCGGAGCAGAAUGUUCACUGAUGAAAGAAAAGAUAAGUACCACAUUUUCUGGUAAAAGAUUGAAUAAUAUUGUUAUGUUAAAAGGCAUAGGCAGUAAUGGGAUAUGUAGUACGGUACAAAUUCUAAGUAACGUUAAAAUUGACGAAAACUGUAUCGAGAUUUUGUUUUAUGUAAUUGGGGAUGAUCACAUGCAAAACGAUAUUGUCAUUGGUCGCGAAAUAUUAAAUCAGGGUUUUGAUAUUGCACUUUCUUCAAAAGAAUUUAAAAUUAUCAGAUCAAAAAUAAUUAAUUUAUGUACUGGUAGCGAGCCUGCCGAUAUUGAUACCGAGCUUGAAGGACAAGAUAAAAUAAAACUUAAUUCAUUAUUGUCAAAGUACUCUAAUUGUUUUAUAAAAGGUAUUCCAUGCACUAAAGUUAAAGUUGGCGAAAAGAAAAUUAGGUUAAUCGAUCCAACUGUUCAAAGAAGGCCCUAUAGAUUAAGUCCAUGCGAGCGAGAUUUAGUCCGAGAAAAAAUUAAUGAGCUGUUGAAAUGCAAUAUAAUAAGACCAAGCUGCUCACCUUAUGCAAGCCCUAUAUUGUUAGUAAAAAAAAAAGAACGGUUCUGA